ACCUUCAGGAGAGAAGACAAGAAGCAAUAACAGAUUGUUUUUUUUUCUUUUGUUGUGAGGAAUAUUGAAAUUAUUCUGCAAAAUACUGAGAAGACAUCAGACAAAUGGAGACUGCCUGGUUUGUGGUUUUGAGCCUUUUAAUCAUCUUUUUCCAGGAUUCUGCUUUGGUGGUUGCUGAGGAGUCAACAUGUGUGCCUGGAUUCAAAUCAGAUAUAUUGAUUUUCCCAGUAUCCAGACAGCACCUGAAGCGCUCCAUGAGACUGGGAGAUGUUGGUUUCAGCGACUGCACAGACCGCACACGGUUUGUUUUCAAUAGUGAAGACAGCCAUUUCGCAGUACAGACAGACGGCAUACUCAAGGUCAACAGACCGGUUGACAUUCGUGGAUACGUGGAAUUCCUCAUCUCCUCCUGGGACUCAAAAGGUCGCAAAAUCAGUGUCCCUGUCAGAGUAUUGUACUAUAGGCAAAACAUUGAGAACCACCGCCAAAAUGUUGCACAUGAUCACAACCAUCAGCAACACCUUACCGAAGCUGACUCUGGUGAUAACACAGAGAGUGCGACUGAGCCACAGGUGCCCACUUGGGAGUUGCCAACUUCUGGUGGUGGGCUGAGGAGGAGGAAGAGAGACUUUGUUAUUCCUCCCCUCUCUUUGGUUGAGAAUGACAGAGGACCCUACCCCAAAAAAGUAGCUCAAAUCCGCUCUAGUGAGGAUGAAACAAAGAAGAUCUAUUACAGCAUCACUGGUCCAGGAGCUGAUCAGGCUCCUAUUGGCCUCUUCAUCAUGGACAGAGAUUCCGGUUCUCUAUAUGUCAGAGACUCACUGGACAGAGAGGAACAAGACAGGUACACGUUUGUAGCACAUGCUGUAGCAGAUGGGUCAGUAAAUGUCGAGGAGCCAAUGGAAAUUGUGCUGACAGUAAUUGACUUGAAUGACAACAAACCUAUUUUCACUCAAGACACCUACCAAGGAGAAGUUGCUGAGGCCUCACCAAAAGGUUUUGAGGUGAUUACGGUUGUGGCUACAGAUCUUGACCAGCCAGGUUCUGACAACUCAGAUAUCCGCUACCGUAUACGAAGCCAGAAGCCACAGUUGCCCAGUAACUUCCUGUUUGACAUCAACCCAGUCUCUGGAGUCAUCAGAGUAAAUGCUGAUGGCCUGGACAGAGAGAAAUACCCAACGUACACUCUGGUGAUACAAGCAUCUGACAUGGCGGGAGAAGGGCUGACUGGACAAGCCACAGUAGUCCUUAAUGUCACAGACAGCAAUGACAAUGCUCCGGCCUUCACUCACUCCUUUUAUGAGGCAACAGUUGCAGAAAAUGAAGUGAACGCUGAGGUCAUUACGAUGUCAGUGACCGAUGGUGACGAGCCACAUUGCCUAGCCUGGAAUGCCAAGUUCACGAUAAUCGAUGGCGAUCCUGGAGGACUUUUCACCGUAAAAACAGGAAUUAACAAAACUGAGGGAACUAUUUUUACUGUCAAGGGUCUUGACUUUGAGAAGAGCAGACAGCACACACUGUUGGUUGCGGUGGAGAAUGAAAUUCCUUUUGCUAUUCCACUACCCACUGCCACUGCCACGGUGAAUGUGCACGUCAGUAAAACACCAGACCCAGUCCAAUGUACGUGUAAAAACGGAAUGACGUUGCUGCUGACAAUGAAGUAAUGCAAACCUGAGACAACAACCCAACAGGAUCCCAUGUCUAGCAACUGAGAGCAGAACCAAAACUGCUUCAAUGACUGCGGAACCUUCAUUAUGAAACUGGCUGACGUGAUUUACGGAGGAAGGGAGUAUGUGCUGUAAAUAUGCCAAAGAACAGAUAACAUGGAUAGGUUGUGGUAUGGCUGUGAAUGUUAGAUUGAUGUAAGCAUGAACUGAUAAUUGAUAACUGAUCAUUUUCUUUCUGUGCAUGGGGAUUAUGGUUUAUAAUUUUUAGUGUAGUGUGAUUAGUGGCCACUGCUCAGAAGGCAGAGGAUGAGUUUGCUUUUUAUUUCCUUAAUUGGAAUAGUUAAGCAGUCUGUGAGUAUUUCAAAUGGCUCUUUAGUUGUAGGCUAAAUACUAACUUUGCUUUCGGUUAACUUUCUUUGCAUUAAGCAUUUUUCUCAAUGCUUUCAGUUGUACUGGUGACAUUUGUGUAAUGCUUGCAAUGUGUGGUACGAUGCUUUUGUUUAGUAUUGUUGCUUGUUUUGUAUUUUGCAUUGCAAUGUUAAAAC